CAGAGGUUCAGGACAUUACCAUCAUGGUGGGAAGCAAGAAGCAGCUGCGGAAAGACGUCCGUCCGGGUCUCACCAGAACAAUCUAAACGCAGAAGUCCCGCUUUAGGGCCUCCACUACCAGGUCGAUCAAGAAAGAUGACUCCCUUAAGGCGGGAGUGGGCGUGGCCGUGUUAUGCACAUGCGCGGACGUCAGAUAAGUCUGUUCCGACUAGGUGACAGACAAGUGCGAUUUCUUGGAGACAAGGCAAAGCAUUGAUCCGCGAAGGCCUGCGAUGGAUUCAGUGACCUUUGAGGACGUGUGUGUGACUUUCACUCAGGAAGAGUGGGCCCUGCUAUGUCCUGCACAGAAGAAACUCUACGAAGAUGUGAUGUUGGAAACCAUGAGGAACCUGGCCUCUGUGGGGAGUGAAUUAGAAGACCAGGAUGUUACAAAUCAGUACAGAAUCCAAGAGGAAAAUGUAAGAAGUUAUGUCAUACAAAGAUUCUAUGAAAGUAAAAAAGUCAUUCAGCAUGGGGAAAGCUUCAGACAGACUCCAAACACUAGUGUGGCCAAGAUAACUUCUGGAAGAAAACCAUAUAAUUGUAGCGUGUGUGGAAAGGGCUUCAUGCUUUGUUCAUCCCUCACUAGGCAUGUCAGAUCUCACCCUGGCCAUGAACUUGAUGGGUUUAAGAGUGGAGAGAAGCGAUAUAAAUGUGAGGAAUGCGGGGCCACCUUCAGUUACCUCAAAUCCUUUCAGAGACAUGAAAGGACUCACGCCGGAGAAAGCCCCUACAGGUGUAAGCACUGCGGGAAGACCUUCAUCUACUACCAGCCCUUUCAAACACAUGAGCAGACACACAUCGGAGAGAAACUCUAUCAGUGUAAGCAUUGUGGUAAAGCGCUUAGUUCUCCUGGUUCUCUUCGUAUUCAUCAAAGAAUUCACACCGGGGAGAAGCCCUAUGUGUGCGAGAAGUGUGGCAAAGCCUUCAGUUGUCCCAGUUCCAUCCAAAUCCAUGAAAGAACCCACACCGGGGAGAAACCCUAUAAAUGUAAAGAAUGCGGGAAAGCCUUCAUAUCCCGCACAAGUGUUAAAACACACAUGGUGACACACAGUGGUGACGCACACAAGCCUCAUAAAUGCAAGGACUGCGGAAAGGCGUUCCUUCGGCCAUGUUUUCUUCGAGUGCAUGAGCGAAUUCACACUGGAGAGAAGCCAUAUGUUUGCAAACAAUGCGGUAAAGCUUUCAGAUGUUCCACUUCGAUUCAGAUUCAUAAAAGGACUCACACUGGAGAGAAGCCCUACAUGUGUAAGGAGUGCGGCAAAGCUUUCAGUGCCCACUCAGCGUUUCGAGUCCACAGGCGGGUGCACACUGGAGAGAAACCUUAUAAAUGCAGAGACUGUGGGAAAGCCUUCAUCUGUCUCACAUACUGUCGUGCACACGAGAGAAAACACACCGGAGAGAAAUCCUAUGAAUGUGAGCAGUGUGGAAAGGCCUUCGUUUCUUUGGAAAACUUUCGACGGCAUGUCAAAACUCACACUGAAGAUACACCUUAUAAAUGUAAGGAAUGUGGAAAAGCUUUCGUUUUCCUCAGCGCACUUCAAGCGCAUGAGAGGAUUCACACUGGAGAGAAGCCUUAUGAAUGUGAACAAUGUGGCAAAACCUUUAGAUGCUCAAGUUAUGUUCAGGUACACAGGAGAAUCCACACCGGUGAGAAGCCCUAUGAAUGUAAGGAGUGUGGGAAAACCUUCAUUUAUUCUACGAGCUUUCGAGGACACAUGAGAAUGCACACAGGAGAGAAACCUUACAAAUGUAAGGAGUGUGAGAAAGCCUUCAGGCUUGGCAGUUCCCUUAAAAGGCAUGAAAGAACUCACAGCUGAAAGAAAUGUUUAGUAUACACAUGCAUGGGAGAACUUUUUGCUUUGUCCACAUCCUUCAGUAAAUGUGAAAAUGCACAAUUGAGAGACAACAAAUGUGAGGGCUGGGGAAUGAAUGUUUUCAAUUUUAACAAACACUUUGUUGUGAAAUUAUCCAUUGUGGAGAAAUCUCAUGCUAUCAAUUAACUAAGUAAAUAAAUAAUACAGGAAACUAACUUCAGUGUAAUAGGAAACUCAUCAAAUGGGCCAGACAAUUCAAAAUGUGAGGAAACAUAAAAGCUAAAUAUGUUCAUCAGUGUUUGUUUCUGAUAUAUCUGCAUGCUGUAGCCCUGACUGGCCUGGAGUUCCCUAUGUAGACUAAACUGACCUCAAACUCAGAUGCACCUGUCUCUACCUCCCAAGUGACAUUAAAAGUGUGUACCACCAUGCCAAGUUGUGUGUGUGUGUGUGUCUAUUAGAAGAAAGAUCGUUUUUAUCUUACAGUUCCAGAAGAAUAACUGUCCAUUGGAGUAACUUUACUUGCCUGAUGUCUCUGUGGCUUCUGUCUGCUAACCUAGGCCUCAUCCUAGACGUUUCUAGCCUCUGUACACUCUAAUCUAGGCUUAGAAGGUUUUCAGCCUCUGAGACUUACUUGAAUAACUCACCUUUCAUUGUUUCUUUCUGAAUUCUGGCUGUAUGGUCAACUCAGCUGGUCUGGCUCAAAACUCUCCAUGCUGACUGACUCAGUCUGACUUCUCUCAGCUUCUCUAAACUGCUCUGCUUGGCCUCAAGCUAACUCUAGGUCUU